GUCUUUAACAACGUUGUUUUUGAUGUGCCAAGCUGCACAUCAACGUCAAUUCUCUUUGCACACUUUCAAUCAACAAUCCAUCUUUAACUUUGAGAUGCCAAGAUCGCGAUCCCGUUCCAGAUCAAGAGAGAGGAAUAAACACCGUCAUAGAUCGCGAAGUGCGUCAAGAGAACGAAAUCGAUCGAGAAGACGAUCGAGAAGCCGUUCUCCGAUUCGUGGUGAAGAAAAACAGGUUAAGGAUAAAUUUAAGGAUUUUAGAUCCAGGCCAGCCAAUGGUGGUUUUGUUUCACGUGGAGGAAAAGGGAACCAGUUUAGUGAAGAAUAUUUUGAUUAUCGGAGAAAAGAAAGAGAACAAAUAAGCACUAUGGGUGUUCCGUCAGCUUGGGGUAGCUCACCUGCUCGUCUUGAUUGGCCAGAAACUUUAGCAGAAGUAUUUGGAGAGGGCAAGAAACCAAAAAAGAAGAAGUCUCGAAAUUCAACUGAUUCAGACGACAGCAGUGAACCAGACAAGAAGCAUAAAAAAAAAAGCUCUAAAAAGAAAAAUGAAAAGAAAAAAAAGAAGGAGAAGCAUAAGAAGAAAUCCAAGAGGAAGAAGUCUAGAAAGCGGGAUACAUCAUCCUCAGAGAGUGGUAGUACUUCAGGGGAAGAUGAGUGGGUUGAGAAGCCAGUAUUGCCCAAAAUACAGUCCCUUAAGAAUGGCUCUGGUCCUGAGAGCAGCUCUAUGGACUCUGGUGACGAAAUAGUUGGUCCAGCUCCUAAAGGUGUCGUUCAGCUUUCACAUCGCGAGAUGGGCAAAGCCCUUCUUCCCGGUGAAGGUGCUGCUAUGGCCGCUUACGUCCUAGAAGGCAAGCGAAUCCCUCGGCGUGGUGAAAUCGGUCUGACGUGCGACGAGAUCUCGUGUUAUGAAGACGUCGGCUACGUCAUGAGCGGCAGCAGACAUCGACGAAUGGAAGCCGUCCGUUUGCGUAAAGAAAACCAGAUUUAUACCGCUGACGAGAAGCGAGCAUUGGCCGUUUUUAGCCGCGAAGAACGACAGAAACGCGAGACUAAAAUUUUGGGCCAGUUCCGUCAAAUGGUUAAUAAGAAGCUAGGUAAAGAAUAAUCGACCAGAAUUGCUGAAUUACUUUUUUUUUUAUACUGUUUUAUUAUUCAUCGUCGAAAUACAAUAUCCUGACGCAUAAAAAAAAAAAAGAAUUCAA